GUUUAGUUGACAGCUCACAGCUGUGCACAGUGCAGUGUACGCUGUAUAGCGGGUUGGCAGUGAUUGCCAUUAUUCGGUAAUUAGUCGAUAAUUUAUGGAUAUCACUACUUUUUAGUUUUUAUCUCAUAAUAUUUAUUGUGUCAAGUGGUUUAUGGAUCUGAUUAAACAAUUACUCUCUAAUUAAUAAAAGGUGCUUUCUCCAAUCUCCACUUGGUAAUUGUAGUGGUUGUGUAGAAGUCGGGCGAUUAGUCUAUCUCUCAACUCUUGCAGUGCAUUAAGCUUUAUUAAGGGAUAAAAAAUGAACGGUCAAGGAACCAAAGAAGAGCUACCAGUGGGAGUGUCUGUAGAGGAAAUUGUAAUUCCUGUACCAUGGGGGCAUGUGGCUGGCAGAUGGUGGGGCCCUCAGAACAAACAACCUAUAAUUGCUAUCCAUGGAUGGCAAGACAAUGCUGGCACGUGGGAUAAUCUAAUACCACUACUUCCAGCAAACACCUCUGUGUUAGCAAUUGAUUUGCCCGGCCAUGGAUUAUCUUCUCACUAUCCUUCUGGAAUGAUCUAUUAUGUUUUCUGGGAUGGGGUAGUUCUCCUACGAAGGAUUGUUAGGCAUUUCAGGUGGGAGAAAAUAAGACUUAUUGGCCACUCUCUUGGAGGAGCAUUAAGUUUCAUGUAUGCAGCAUCUUAUCCAAACGAAGUUGAUAGAAUCAUAUGCAUUGACAUAGCAAGCCCUGCAGUGCGACCUCCAGACAACAUGGUCUCAGCUACAGGCUGGUCAAUAAAUAAAUUAUUAGACUAUGAAAAAUUGACAGAAGAUAAGAUUCCAUGUUAUGAAUAUGAAGAAAUGAUUGAUAUAGUUGUUGAUGCUUACAAAGGUUCAGUAUCUAGGGAGAAUUGUAAGGUAUUAAUGAAACGUGGAAUGUCUCCAGCACCAUCAAAUGCAAAGAAACAAGGCUUUUAUUUUAAAAGGGACCCAAGACUCAAAGUGUCUGGAUUGGCCAUGAUGUCAAUUGAAACAGCAUUAGAAUAUGCUAGUCAAAUUCGCUGCAAGGUGUUAAAUAUUCGAGCCAUUCCAGGACAAAACUGGGAAAGACUAGAUUACUAUACUAAGAUAAUAGACAAAUUGAAAGAAACAACUGAUGUUACAUACAUGGAAGUAGAGGGAACUCAUCAUGUCCAAUUAAAUGCUCCGGAAAAUAUAUCAAACAUAAUUGAAGAUUUCUUAGAGGAAUAUUAAGUUUAGCUCAAUUUUUAGUGAUAGUUGUGAUAAAAAUAAUAAAUCGUAUGAAUAAGGUCUAAAAGGCCUUUAGUCUCAAAGUAUUUAGUUCAACAUUUAUUACAGUAAUUCAUGCAUCAAAGUUUAUUUAACGGGUACCUAAUAUGACUUUAUUAACAAUGUUAAACAGGUUUUCACUAAUUUGCAUAUCAAUGUAAUUGAUUGUAAAUAUUUUAAGUUACUUUGCUACAUAUUGAUUUUUAACAAAAUAAAUAAAAUUAAAACAAACAAAAAAUCUUAUCCAUUGAUUGUAAUGGUUACCAUAAUACAAUACUCUUUGUACAUAUAUUUCAUAUUAAAUUCAACCAUCACAUUUACUUUAUAUAUUAAUUGUAAUUUUCAAUAUGCACAAUACAUAUUUAUUGCUAUUAGAGUAAGUGUAGUUUAAUGUAUGACUGUACUGCAUGACCGUCCUGCUUGAAAGUGCCUAUAAUGGUUAUUAAAAAUAGGCUUUUUACAUAGAUACUCUGUUUCUUCUUCCACAAAAUAUGAUUGCUUUAUCACGAGACACAGUUUUGUUGCCUAAAAUGUUUCUCAAUUUUAUAUACAGUAAAUGCACUAUAAACUAAUAGAUUAACGUUUCGUCCUCCAACACUAUCGCAGUUAGAAAUCAACUACAUAAUAUGAUAAGCCAGUGGAAAUAAAAUGACUAAUCACUUAGUAAUCAAGUGUUUGUGACAUUAUUGCUUACUAAUUUGACCUUUGAAUAGUUUUCACAGUAAAGACGCGUGUUCGGUUCAAAAGGGUCAUUUGUUAACGUUAAUGUACGGACUUUGAAAAAAAGUAAAAUGUGAAGCAAGUUUUAUGUUAAGAUUUUAGAUGAGGCUACAGGCAAGAAAUUCACUAUAUUAAAUAAAAUGUUCUAAUUUUAGUGCCGUUAUCAUGCUUAGACGUACAUAUACUGUAUUCGUAUUGACUUUUGUUGAAGAAUAAUUAAAUUACUAUGUUUUUAUACCAGUUAAAUAAAAUUUAAAUAUAAUGAAAAACUUGCGGUGUUGUACUUACUUAUGUAUUUGGGAAUAAAUUAAAUGUAUAUCUAUGUGUCACACAAUAGUAAAAAAUAAUUUAGUUAUUUUGAUAUAUGUAUUCGUUUCUAUGCUACUGAUUAAUAUGCUGUUGAUUCCGUACCAGCCAAGUGCUGCGCAAGUUUUACUCAUAAACAUUUAAGAAUAAAGACGUGGCUUCGGCCUUAACAACUACCAACAUUCUCCAAUUAUUACCAAGAACAAGACCUGGCUAUAUGGACUAAAGUCCUUUGCCUUUCCUAUUAGGGAUAAAUUAAUAUCAUCAUCAUUAUAAACAUUUAAUUAUGUAUUACGUAUUGUUAUUAAGGAUUGCAUAUGUGAUAUUUAGUUUAUCUUAAUCAAGCGGUGAUUUUUAUAACACGACUAAUUGAAAGCUGUAGUUGCUUCCGCUGCAUAAUGUGUGUUUAACGAAAAUAUUUCUGGAAUCUUAAUUAGCUGAAUUAGAAAAAAAAUGACAGUUAUGGUAUAUUUGUCAUAAUUGAUGUUAGGUAAAUUCUUUAUAUUUAAAGCACGAUUAAAUUAUUGAAACACG